GGUCUCGUCCUUCACCUCGGGAUGGGGUGGCAGGGACAGGGUGAGGACGGGCACGGCUCCCACCCCCACUGGUGUCGCUGGGAAUGUCACCCGCUGGUGCCACUGGUGGUGAAGACUCCGGUGGGAGGAAGAAGCCGUUUCCACCGCCGGGGUGGGGUUGUUCUGCCCUGGAUAACCCCGCGGGGGAUGUCAGGAUGUGCUCCCCUCGUGCUGCAGAGCUCUGGGACGCGGCACUCCCUGGCUGGACAAACAGCCGGAGUCGGGGACACCAGGUCGCCCUGGGGAAAACCGAGGGGAACAGAAGGAACACCAGGCCUGACGGCAACCGGCUGUCCCCACAGAACUGUCCCCUGGGGAAGAGGACAAGGCAGGGUACACUGUCGGACGGGUAAGGAAAGCGGGCGCAGCACUCGUGGGUGUCCCCUGCGACCCCACAUGGGGAAGAAGUAAAAAAAAGCCACUUUUUUUUAUUAAAUUCCUGCUGGGCAGGUAAAACCCACCCUGAUCUGGUUGUUCCCGUUUUCCCCCCAGACCUCCCCUGGGGGUGGGAUAAAACCCAUCCCGAAUCCCGCCCGCAAUUCCCACCGCGGCCGGGAGGUGGCGCUGCCGCGGGGACUGGGGGCGUGGCCAGGCACGGCGGGGCGUGGUCUCCUCGCGUGACGUCACGGAAUUGGGCGGGGCUUGCGGAGCCGCGCGCCCGCGGGUUCAUUCAUAAGGAGGAGGCGCGAGCGGCGGGGCGGCCCCGGGGGGACAGGUAAGGGACACCCCCGGCACAGGGACAUCCCCUCCGCCCGGGGGGCUCGGGUUAUCCCCCCUUAAAGGGUUUUCCCACGGAGCCGUCGGGCUUGGGGAUUCUGCGGCUUUGGGUUGUGCGAGGAGGGGGGUCAGGUGCUUUUUUUGGGAUGCUCGAUCCUCCGCUUUGCGCUAAAAGGGGUGGGCGGUGUUUCUGUCCCGGCCUUAUCCCUAAAGCAGGGAAUUGGGGGAGCUCCGCCUGGAGUGGGGUGCGCUGGGGAGAGCCCCCCGGGUCCGGGAGGCUGCGGCUGCUGCAGCGCCAAAGUAGGUUAAAAUAAAGGGUGGAGAGGAGAAAAAGUAGGUUAAGAAAUACUCAGCAGCAGCUGCCUGGGAAAAGAGGUAGGAGCCGUGUCGGAUUUUUUUUCCCUUUUUUUUCUAUUUUUUUUUUCUUUGGCUGGAGCUGGAAAAUCCCAGGGCUGCGAGCCAAAGGGCCGGAGAUGCUGCGGGAUGCUGCGGCGUACCCCGGGACGUGCCGCUGCCAUCGCAGCGCUUCCCCCGGGACCAUUUGACUUUAACGCUGGAAUCUGGUGGCGGCUCGGUUGUUCCCACAGCUCCGGUGGGGCCGGGGCUGCGGUAAUGCCGAGUUUCUCUCCAUCUGCCGGACAAUCCCCCCCUUGUCCGCGGCUGUCUCCAGCAGCUGUUCCCCAAAGUUUUCCCGAACAGUUGCUCUUUUUUCCCCUCUGUUUGUCUGCAGGAGCCGUCGGCUGAAACCCUGUUCCCCCACAGGGAGGGGAAGCCCUCGCUGGAAUCCCGGCGGGCAGUUUUAGGUUACAGAUCGUAUUAAGGGGGGCUGGGAAAAAAGGGCUCAUGUGAUCCCGAGGGAUUUGGGGAGGUUUCCAAAACCAAGUCGCCUCUUCUGGUGUGCCGGCAUUGGUGCACCGGGCUGCUGGAGCUUGGAGUGGCCCCAAAAGCAGCCAGCUCUGGCGCUGGUGGGGUUAUUUUUUGGUUUCCUCUGGUUCUUGCAGGGGUAAAUUCUGUCGGUUUGAGGAGUGUGUCAGGGCAGCUGGGUUCCCCAGCAUCACCAGCUGAGGAUUUGUGCCUGCAUACCCCAUCCCCAUUUGGGAUGGCCCCAAGCUGCCCCCAAAAGCUGGUGCUGAGUCCUGGGCAAAGCUCCAGUGCCAACCAGGAGCUGGCACCCUCUGGUUCCUGCACCUCCUGCAUCCCUGUGGCAGCGUUUUGUUCAUCUGAAGGAUGUCCUUAAUCCUUGGAUGAAGCUUGGCCUCAAAUCAGCUUUAGCCCUGCUCCUGGCGGUGUUCAGAUCCAGUUAUCAGGAUCUGGAAUGCUUUGGUGAGCCGGGAUGCUCGUGGUCCCUCAGACAGAGUGGGACCUUCCUGUCACCUCAGUGUGUCCCUGGAGUGCUUGAAUUCCACAGCUCCAGAGAAUUAAACUGCUUCACGUUAGGUUUAAAUUCCAGUUUCAUUGACCUAUAGGGUGGAGAGCUUGCACGGGUAUCACCAUCCCCUCGGGCUCUCGAGGGGCACAUCCCAAAUCCCAGGGGGGUUCAGGAGCUGGGCUGGCCAGAUCCAUGCUGGCACCCUGGAGUGCGCCUGUACUGGAGGGAGCUGGAGUACGGAGGAUGCUCGUUUUGGGUUCUGCCAUCGUGUCCCAACCCACCCCCAGGACCCCCCUCACGUGUAAUUAGCUGCAUCUCGGGGUGGUGCUGGCCACUAAUUAGGAGAAACUCGUCAGGCACAGGCUGUAAUGAAGCUCUGCUGGGGCUUUCACAGGUCCGUGACGACCGGGGGGGAAUUUCCAUGCGGGAGGCAGGAUUUCCAUGCGGGAGGCAGGAUUUCCAUGCAGGCGGCAGGAUUUCCAUGCGGAGGCUGGAUCCGGGUUUGGGUCUCCCCGGAUGAUGAAGAGGAGCGAGAUGCACUGGUGGCUUGUCACUGUCCUGGGGGUGCUGAGCAGAGCUGCCCAGGGGGCCGGGAGCUGCAGCGCCCCGGAGCCGGGGACAGCGGGAUGCCCGCCCGGAGAGGAGCCCACCGGGGAUGCAGCGGGGACCUGCCGAGCUUGUCCCCCCGGCACCUUCUCCCCGGGGGACGCGUCCUGCGCCGCUCACACCCGCUGCCGCGCCGGGAACAGGAUCCUGCUGGCGGCGGGGACGGCGGCGAGCGACAGCCGGUGCGGAGCCUGCCUGCCGGGGUUUCACAGCCCUGGAGGGGAGAGGGAGCCCCGGGGCCGGUGCCUGCCCUGCGCCGCUGCUCCCCGCAGCACCCCGGGCUGCCCAGGCCGGCGGAGAGCCCGCAGCCCCGAAACGCCGGGCCGGGCACCGGGAGCCAACGGAACACGGGUGACCCUGCUGGGUGAGGAGGAGGAGGAGGCGGCAGCAGCGCAGGCAGCCGUGCUGACCAUCGUCCCGGUCUUCUGUGCCAUGGGAUUGUUGGGAAUCCUGGUCUGCAACCUGCUGAAGAAGAAGGGUUAUCACUGCACAGCCAGCAAGGAGCCCCAGCCUGGUGGCACCGGUCCCAGCUCCAUCUACCAGCUGGAGGAUGCCAAUGAGGACACCAUCGGGGUGCUGGUGCGGCUGAUCACCGAGAAGAAAGAAAAUGCAGCGGCGCUGGAGGAGCUGCUGAAGGAGCACCAGAGGCAGCAGCUGAUGCCCCCGAGCUGUGCCCCCCUCAAUAAGCUGCACCACCUGCCUCAGUUUCCCCCCGCCUGCCACCACCAGCAGCACCUGCACACGGUGCAGGGACCGGCCCCGUGUGCCCGCUGCGGCCAGAAGUGGCCCGAGGCGCUGCCAUCGCUCAGUGCCACCAAAGUCCCCAAGGCCGGAGCUCAUCCCAGCGAGGUGACCAUCCUCUCCAUCGGCAGGUUCCGGGUGUCCCGGAUCCCUGAGGUGAGGAGCGAGGCGGGGGCUGAGCCCCUCCGUGGUCCCCUCCCCGCCGGCAGCGGGAUGUGACCCCCGCGAUGGAGCAGCACCAAGGGCCCCCCGAGCAGGCACCUGGCCUGGGGGCUGCCUCAGGGCUCAGUGACACCCACAAAGACCCCGUGGAGGGGAUGGAGGACACUGGGCAUUGUGUGAAAGCCAGGCCCGCUCGGAGCUGCAGUGCUGGAGGUGGCAGCUCUGCUCCUGCCACUGAGGUGUCCAACAGCAGCACAGCAAAUCCAGCAUCUCGCUCAGCUGCUGAGGAUUCUCUGUCCCAGAGGCCUGGUGGUGGCCACGGCAUGGUGGCCUGAGGGACAGUAACUCAGGAGCUGCGAUGCCAGUGGUGGUGGCAUAGGAAUGAUCGUCUCUGGGAGCCACGAUACCACAACACAGCUCCACUGGAAGGACAGAGGACAGUGGAUGCCAUUCCAUGGUCACCUUCUGGGUCUGUUGAACUUUCCAGGACCAUCAUGAUUUCCCCCCAUCACCUGGUGCCAGCACUCAGCAUCGCAGGAUAAUGAAUCACUGGAUCACGGAAUGACUCCCCCCUUCCCAACAACCCAGCUGGGGCACUGAUUUCUCUGGGCAAGGCUGGUCUCCUGCAUCCAUCCAUCCAUCCAUCCAUCCAUCCAUCCUCCAUCCAUCCUCCAUCCAUCCUCCAUCCAUCCAUCCUC